CUGGCAAUACCCUGCAUACAAAACCCUACGGAGCUUUAGCUCUUUUCUUCAUCAGUCUCUCUGACGCACCUGGUGAUCGGAAUCGAUCCCUGUACUCAAUUCUCUUUUUGUGGGUCUGAGAUAAUGCCGCCCAAAGCUGCCAAAUCGAAGGAAGCGCCGGCUGAACGUCCCAUCUUUGGUCGAUUCUCGUCGCACCUCAAGAUUGGCAUUGUGGGCUUGCCGAACGUUGGCAAAUCUACUCUUUUUAAUACGCUUACAAAGCUGGCCAUACCUGCGGAGAACUUUCCCUUCUGCACCAUUGAGCCUAAUGAGGCACGGGUCAAUGUCCCAGACGAGCGCUUUGAGUGGCUUUGCCAAUUGUACAAGCCAAAAAGUGAGGUCUCGGCUUUCUUAGAAAUCCAUGAUAUAGCUGGAUUGGUUCGAGGUGCCCAUGAAGGGCAAGGAUUAGGCAACAGUUUCUUAUCUCACAUACGUGCAGUAGAUGGCAUUUUUCAUGUUUUGAGGGCAUUUGAGGAUCCAGAUAUUAUCCAUGUAGAUGAUUCUGUUGACCCAGUGCGGGAUUUAGAGGUUAUUACUGAAGAGUUACGGCUGAAGGAUAUUGAAUUCAUAGACAGGAAGAUAGAAGAUCUUGAAAAGAGCAUGAAGAGGAGCAACGACAAGCAGUUAAAAAUUGAGCAUGAAUGUUGUCAAAGGGUCAAGGCAUCCUUAAUGGAGGGGAAAGAUGUACGACUAGGGGAUUGGAAAGCUGCUGACAUUGAGAUUCUGAAUUCUUUUCAGUUGCUCACUGCCAAGCCAGUUGUAUACUUGGUUAACAUGAAUGAGAGAGACUACCAAAGAAAAAAGAACAAGUUUCUUCCAAAAAUCCAUGCAUGGGUCCAGGAGCAUGGUGGUGAGCCAAUUAUUCCCUUCAGCUGUGUCUUAGAAAGGAAUCUUGCUGAUAUGCCUCCAGAUGAAGCAGCUAAGUAUUGUGAGGAGAACAAGGUUCAAAGCGCCCUCCCCAAAAUCAUAAAGACCGGAUUUUCUGCGAUUAAUCUUAUUUACUUUUUCACAGCAGGACCUGAUGAGGUUAAGUGUUGGCAGAUUAGACGGCAAACAAAGGCUCCUCAAGCUGCAGGGGCUAUCCAUACCGAUUUUGAGAGGGGAUUUAUUUGUGCUGAGGUGAUGAAGUUUGAUGAUCUAAAGGAACUUGGUAGUGAGGUGGCUGUAAAGGCUGCUGGGAAGUAUAAACAGGAGGGAAAAACCUAUGUUGUCCAAGAUGGAGACAUCAUAUUCUUCAAGUUCAAUGUCUCUGGUGGGGGAAAGAAGUGAAAGCAAGCAAUCCAUUUGUAGCAGCAGCUGGCUGUUUUGCUUUAUUACCUGACAAGCCUCCCAUUCUUGGCAGUUUGAGAGCUUGAGUUGUAAUUUGGGAGAACAUGUUGAACAUUAAUCGAGGUUAAGUAUUUAUAGGGGAUAUUGGUAUUUUGCCCGGUUUGUUUGUUAGCCAUAUUGAGAGCUGUUAUCUGCUCCACCGACACCACGCUGCUUUCUGCUUAAGGCGUUCUUCUUGGUGAGAUUUUUGUUAAACUUAAAGAAAGAAUAACAGCUUUAUUAAAACAAAAAAUAGGGCGCCACCCUUGGGUUGUUGGAGUUUUUGUGUGGCUUUGGUAUCUCAUCUUUGCUGUCAUCAAAGCAAGCCUUCAUGUUCACCAAAG